AUGCACCGGCAGCAGAUGGAGGCGAUCGCAGAGCAGGCCAGAGAGGAAACGAAGCUGGCCAGCGAGGAAGCCCGUUUGCGUGAGAUGAUGGCUCGUCAGGAGAACGAGCGUCUGCGUAACGAGUUGAAGGAGGAGCGUGCCAGCUUCCAGGAGUUGCUGGCGCAGACGCUGGGCUACGGUGGUGGCCAGCCUGAGGUGGUGCGCCGUAAGCCGGCACGCCAACAGCCGGUCCCGCAACAGCGGCAACAGCAGCAGCAGCACCAGCAGCAGCAGCCGCAACAGCGGCAGCAUCAACGCCAGCAACAGGAGGAAAGCUCUUGGGCCGAGUGGGGCCGUCGCAAGCCGCGAAACCGUCUACCGGAAGUGCGGCAGUAA